CGGAUAAGACUGUGUCAACUGACAGUUAUUAAAUAUAGAUGUCUUCAUACCCCAGCGUUAUCGUGACAAGUGUAAAUUACCAAAAUCGCAAGCAACAAUUUACGAACACCGUGAUCAAUCACUGAUCAAACAGACCAAGAAAUGGGCAUUCCCUCACAAGCUGUUCAACGCAUCAGCAUUCGCUGGCUGCCUGAGCCUGCCUACGAAGACACCGACACGAUAGCGCUCAACGUUGGGGGGUAUUUUAUCGAUUUGCGGGUAACGAAAGAAACAUGUUCGCUCCAGUGGAGCCGGGCCGGUAAGAGAAUCGUCCUCAGACAUGAUCCAUUAACUUUCAGAUGGACGCAUAUUAUCGAUUCUCUGGAUCUUACUGUACCUGACGAAGCUCAUUUUGAAAAACUUCCAAACGGGGAUGAUCUUGAGGUGGGAAUUACACCUUGCCCUCAUAAGGGCGGAGCACAGUGCGACUAUGAGGAAGUCUGGAGGGACAUCACUGCGAAGAGCUCAACUGAUGAACCAUCCUGGAUCCUCCAGAGUCGUGAUGAGACUGCUUUUAUUGGAAAGAUUGGUAGCAUCUUUUUAGCUAUACGGAAAAGCUCUAACAGAGCAUUUUCUGCACGCCGGGAAGACCGCAAUAUUUCUAGCCAAAAGUGGGACACCACCUACGAGUUUGGUAAUGCCGUUGAGUUGCCACGGGUGGAUCAAGUCAUUGAAAUUAUAGAGAUGGCCGGUGAAGUCUGGGUUGAAGGACAGAUGGUAAAUAUUGGUGAGACGGGAUACAUAUUCAAGGCAGUUAGUGCCGAAUGAGAGAAUCGUUCAAAAGGCAGCACGAUGGCAGUCCCUUUUGCGGUUAACUAUUCGGACAAGGUUGCUUAUAACCGCCAUAGCAGUUCCGUGGCAAGGUUUGUGUAAUAAUCAAGCACGACCUGAGAAUUCCUCCCUUUUUGUUUUUGUUUUUGUUUUAUUUUUUAUUUUUAUUUUUAAAUUUAGGUCAACAGUUCCGCAAUUUUUGCACGAAGUCCAUGUAAAUAAGAAUCCCGGACACCAUAGAUACUUUCUUCGAGAAACGAAC